AUGAAGACAACGAAGACGCUGAAGGCUUUGAGCACACUUUCCUUUCUUUUGAUUCCUGUGGCCUCGACCAUAGUCGAAGAAGAAAAGUGGAAUCAACACACAAACAAGCAUGAUGUCGUGGCAGCAAUGAACAAUGAAGAACUCUUCAGGCCUCAUCGUCGGCUGAACGAACCUGUCAAUGAAUGCUUGGAUGGUUCGGAUUGGUUAAAUUGGGGCAGUGUCUCCAAUGGAAUCAAUCUUAUUCGAAAAUAUUUUGAAUGUGAAUGCACAGGAGACUUGGCCAGUUUCUUCAGUAUGAAAUGCAGUUUGACCAACCUCUGCUUCUUUGAAAACGAGGAUUCUGACGUCCUCAGUGAUAGACGCGGCGUUUUGGAGAAGUGUGUGACAAGAAUCGGGACCUAUGACUUUCGUGUUGACCCUGACACUCGCAUCAUCUAUGAAUUGAGUCGACUUGCUGAGUCAGACGAAUAUAUCUCCGGAUUCAACGUGACAGGGACCAUGGAGAAUGUAAACUGGAUCCCCUGUAGCAACAGUUUGGUGAGUGUGUAUAAUAUGAGCCGGCAGGAAGCAUAUGGUACAUGCAGCGAUCGAGAAAGAUGCCAAUCGUUUUUGUCGAGUAAAGACUAUACUGCGGAACAAAUUGAAUACAUCUGCCCGGUUGCCAAGUUCAAUGGAGUGGAGUGCCAAGGACUGAACCUAGCUGCAUGUGCUGAUUUUGAUCCUAUUUUUGGGAUCCGGUAUACCAGUAUGCCAGAUUGUAGCAACGUAAUACCGUGCAUGACAUCGUCUUGUCAACCAUACAAGCGGAUCAACGCGGCUCCACAGCGAGGCCUGUUCCGUUACCCAGAGUGCGAUGGAACAGACUCAUUUGUAAUCGAAGCUCCAUCUAUGGCACCAAGCUCGACACCCGCUAUCCUUGUUCCGCCUACCAUGGCCCCUGUUGCCAAUGACAUUUCGGAUAUCUCAUCCCUUCCUCCGGCGACAUUACCAAGCGAAACGACGACUGCUGACGAAAGUUCCGGGUACCUUUCAUUCUCAAGAUAUCAAUUGCUAACUUCUAUUGCAGCAAUGAUUCUUCCAUACUUCCAAUAA